GUGAGCAAAGAUCGCUCCGUUAUAAGAUCUUUGGGGGUGAGUGAGUGAGUGAGUGAGGGGCUGCGAUGGCGGAUCGGCAGCGGCGCCACGCCGGUGAAGAAGGCCGGGAGGCUGGCGAGCGGGAUCAGCAGCAGGUCGCCGCGAUAUGCGACAAUACUCGUAUCAAACUGGUCCUGUACCACUGGUCGCAGUCUUUCUGCUCGCAGAAAGUUCGUUUGGUUAUUGCUGAAAAAGGGCUAAAAUGCGAGGAGUAUGAUGUCAACCUACCAUUAAGUGAGCACAACGAACCUUGGUUUAUGCGUUUGAACCCAGCAGGAGAGGUACCUGUAUUAAUACACGGAGACAACAUUAUCUGUGAAUCCACUCAGAUCAUUGAUUACAUGGAGAACAAAUUUGAAGAUGCAAACAUCCCCAAAUUGAUGCCAGAAGAAGGAAGUUUGUACUUUCCAAGAGUACAACAUUACAGAGAAUUAUUAGAUUCUCUCCCAAUGGAUGCCUACACGCAUGGCUGUAUUCUUCACCCAGAGUUAACUCUGGAUUCCAUGAUUCCUGCAUAUGCAACCACUCGAAUUCGCAGCCAAAUUGCAAACACAGAAUCUGAAUUAAAGAAGCUUGCUCAGGAACACCCAGAACUGAGUGAAGCAUAUUUAACAAAACAAAAACAAAUCAAGUCUAAAAUACGGGAUCAUGAUAAUCUAAACUACCUGAAAAAAAUAUUAUGUGAGUUGGAAAAUGUUCUGGACCAGGUGGAGACAGAAUUGCAGAGAAGGGUCGAGGAGACGCCAGAAGAAGGACAUCAGCCAUGGCUCUGCAGUGAGUCUUUUACACUUGCAGAUGUAUCACUCAGUGUAACAUUACAUCGCCUGAAAUUCCUUGGACUUGCCAGAAAAUAUUGGGGAAAUGGAAAACGACCAAAUUUAGAAUCGUACUAUGAACGUGUGUUGCAACAAAGGACUUUUCGAAAGGUCUUGGGAAAUGUGAACAACAUUUUAAUAUCAGCAGUACUGCCUACUGCAUUUCGAGUUGCUAAAAAACGUGCUCCUUCUUUUCUGGGAGCUAGUUUUAUAGUAAGUCUGUUGGGAGGAAUAGGUUAUUUAGCUUUCUUGUUCCUAAAAAAGAGAUUAUCAUAGGUUUUCUCAGUAUGCAUUUAAUGUCAUUUACUGAGCUGUGAUACAGCAAUCAUGAUUCUUAGCAAAUUGAGAUAUAAAAAAAAGAACAUUGAAGUUACAUGUUUUAUGUAAUGUAUUUACUGUCAUUUAGUUUAAUUACUUUUAAAGAGUACGUUUGUGAAAUGUGGAAUCUGCACAAUGUAAUGCAAUUAUAAACUUUCAAGAAUUCAAACAUUUUUGCACCAGAUUAUUUGGGGAAUAGAUUAAUCUGUUGCAAUGUCAAAUGAAUUAUUACACAUUAUUGGAUAAAUCAGAAGUCUGGAAUUGAAUCCCUUGGAUUCAAAGGUUAAUUAAAAGUCUGUAGUUGCUUGAUUGUAAUUGUUAUUUGCACAUCAAUCGUUUAAUCAAGCCACUGUACUGGGCCAGAGUAUGUAGGUUUAAUGUCUAUUAUGCACAAUAUGAUUAGCAGUGGAAACAAUGUAUUUUUCUUUAGUCUGUCUUUUACCAUUUUAGGUGUACCAUUUUAAUUUCAGAUAUUCCUGUCUUAAAUAAAGAUUAAAAAAAAA